AUGCGUUCUUCCGCCAUGCGGCGCAUACCUUUGGUAUCUUUGGCACCCAUUGUUCUUUUGCUCUUCAAGCUUAUGUGCAAGUGGCGGCAGCGUGCGAAAAGGGGAUUGCAGAAGUGGAUUGUGACAGAGUACCGCUGGCCACGAGUGGAGGAUCACGUUUGUUUGGACAUAGACCUACCAGCAGCUGAGUGCAGUGAUCUGGCAGAUCCGGCACAUGCUGCUUUGGCAGGGAAUUUGGAAUUCAUGCAAACGUUUGGAGCCAAGAUCGCCGAGGGUGUUGAUGGAUACCUUGCAUCGACGUGGGUUCAUCGGAACCUUGGGUUGGCUCAUCACCAAAUCACCCUGGUUGCAUGGGGAAGUCCGCACAUGGAACUGUCAGAUGGAACCUAUAGCAAGCAAAAAGCUGGAGCAGCUGCCUGCGAGAAAGCUUGUGUGUUCCAAAGCUUAUGCAAGCAAUUUCGGCACAGCUUCGUGUUGAUUUUAUUUGCUGGGCAUGGCGUCCAUCCUGUUCAAGCAGGAAGCGGCGAAGCAGUCUUGGCUCUUCCUGCUCUACUGGAGUUUGUUUGGCGCAAGUACAAGCUUUGCUGCGAGUACCUCUCACAUGGACUGGUUCGGGAACCACUGAUGCUGGAGCGCUUUGGCAGAGUGGUUCCCAUGCUAUUUGCAAAGGAUGACUGGGAAAGCGACGUCAAUAAGAUGGAGCAGCAAUGGCUCUGCGACAGCGGAACAUGCAUGCUGGCACUGAAUGUCGACGCCGUGUUUGAGCUCUUGUACGAAGUCCAUGUUGAGCAAGACGUUUCCAUCGAAGACAUCCUAAACGUCAUCUUUGACAGCACCGAGCAAAUCCAGCGAAUGCUCAGCAAGCUGGAGAAAGAGGAUGACCCUCAGAUGGACGCGAUCCUGGACAUGUGCCUAGCUACUAUGGAUCAACGUCAACAACGAAGGGUAUUGCAGAGGUUGGUGAAUGCCUUUAGUAUGUAUGAAUAUGUCGACUAG